UGAAGAGAUGCGAGCCGCUCAAGGAAUCGGAGGUCAAGGCUCUAUGCCUCAAGGCCAUGGAGAUCCUCGUCGAGGAGAGCAACGUUCAGCGUGUCGAUGCCCCUGUCACCUGAAUAGACGAGGCCAAGACUAAACACAGGGUAGUUGGAAUUGCUGGAAGCAAACGCCACUGGAGUUUCCCGAACUGACUUGACUAGUUUGUUAGUGAGCAUAAUUUUGGAUAUGUGGUGACAUUCAUGGACAGUUUUAUGACAUGAAAGAAUUAUUCAAAGUUGGAGGUGAUUGUCCACAGACAAAUUACUUGUUUCUUGGAGAUUUUGUUGACCGUGGAUUUUAUUCUGUUGAAACUUUUCUGCUUUUAUUGGCACUGAAGGUGAGGUACCCGGAUCGAAUAACCCUUAUACGAGGAAACCAUGAGAGCAGGCAGAUUACUCAGGUGUAUGGGUUCUAUGAUGAAUGCCUUCGUAAAUAUGGUUCUGUGAAUGUUUGGAGAUACUGCACUGAUAUAUUUGAUUAUCUAAGUUUGUCUGCACUGAUUGAAAACAAAGUUUUUAGUGUCCAUGGAGGGCUAUCACCUGCCAUAACAACAUUAGAUCAGAUCAGAACGAUAGACCGAAAGCAGGAAGUACCUCAUGAUGGCGCCAUGUGUGACCUUCUAUGGUCAGAUCCUGAGGAAGUUGUCGAUGGAUGGGGUUUAAGUCCUCGUGGGGCAGGGUUUCUUUUUGGUGGGGAGGUGGUCACCACCUUUAACCACACCAAUAACAUAGAUUACAUAUGCCGUGCACAUCAGCUUGUUAUGGAAGGAUACAAGUGGAUGUUCAAUAACCAGAUUGUUACAGUGUGGUCUGCUCCAAAUUACUGUUACAGAUGUGGUAAUAUCGCUGCAAUCCUUGAGUUGGAUGAGAAUCUUAACCAGAAGUUCCGUGUAUUUGAGGCUGCACCACAUGAGUCAAGAGGGGUUCCUUCCAAAAGACCAGCUCCAGAUUACUUCCUCUAGAACUAAGCAGUCGAAGCAUUCACCUGGCAAAUAAUCUUGCAAAUUUUCUUCUGCUGAAGCUUUUGACAACCAUGUUUCUUCACCGCCGCCCCAGAGUAUGGUUUAGGCAAGCCAAAGAGUGCUUGUAGGAUUGUAUUCUAGAAUGAGUAGAUGGUUUAUGGGCUUUGUCGAUGUCUGUUCAGUUGGUUACUCAUACCACAGGCACAACAUAUUCCUAUCGGUAAUUGCACACUAUUGUGAGGAUGCAGAUAUCUGGAGCAGGAUCCUGCAUUAGAUUUACCAUGAACAUAUCAAUGUUGGCUAUGGCAUGUUCAUUUUUUUUUUCAGAAACAGAAAAAGAAAAAGCUCUCAGAAAUCCUAUAAUGAGAUAUUGAGAUGAAUGUUCAUGUUUUCAAUUUCACAGACUUAAAUUUGGCUUCUUUUCCUGGAGAAAUGUAAACUUGUCUCUGAACUGAGUUUUCUGCUUUUACAAAUGAUGUAUUCUCAAUGAGUUACUUCCAAGCGUUUCA